AUGAAUAAUCCCGAGGAAAGUGCAGUACGAGAUCUUGGUCGUUUCACAGUGGCUGUUCUCAAUGGUCAUGUAGAUCUGGAGAGUUCUGCGGCAGACCUCAUCCGGUACAACUUCGGUAUGCGCACUGUUAAAGAUGUUAUCCGACGCGGUAGUGAAGAUGCAGAACUCAUCAACCAGAUACUCGAUCACAUAUUUCAUCUUGUAAUUUAUUUGAACGAAGAAAUCAUUGCUACCUCAGGUAAAGCAACAUCCAUCGGAAUGGAAAAUCACCAUUUCAUUGAACUUCGAAAGCGGAUGCACUUGAUGUACGAAGUGUGGCUUGGAAUGCAGGUGAAUGAAGCCUAUACAAUUCGUGAUGUCGUGCAGCACGUGGAUGCUAGUAAAGAAGCAAUUAUGCACACAUACAACAAAUGCAAAGAAUUUCAUCGUUGGAAAGAACUUCCGCCAGCACUCCGUGAGUUUUUUCUGGAUGAAAAAGAGGAAGUGGCACCUCCGGUCGAAGAGCCAGAGCCAACGAUGUUCGCCAGAGAAGAUGGCGUAGUUUCGUCAAUUGCACAUGAGAAAGCACAAUCAGAAGAGGAAGGAAAGAAGAAACAAUUCUUGGCGAAAACCGAGAAGGUUCUCAGCAAUUACCGCGCCAAGAAUCCGGACUACAAAACGAUGCGCGAGUUGAUAAAUGCGAAGACAAAGUUUCGAUUGGAAGGAAUAUAUUGUGACAAUCUCAUUAACCAAUUCAUAACGGUAUGGGAUAUGGCAAUAGAUCAUGAGACUGUGAAGCCAGAAGAAAAAUACGCAUUCACUGGUUUGCUGAAAAAAGUCUUCUUGAUGAUGGUCGACAAACGACGAAAUGAUUUUGCAACAAAACUCUACGAUAAGUAUAAGCAAGACGCCGAUGUUUUGCCUUGUCUGGAAAACUUCAUUGAAAACUUUCAAUCCGGCCUCACAGAAGCUAUCAACCAACUCCCACUCGAUUCCAAUGUGCUGAGCAAUAAUAUGGAGUUAUUUGAAAAGACUAAAGAUCCGAUUAUCUGGUAUCUUCUAGUGUCACCAGCCAACGCCGUCCAGCAACUUCUUACGAUGUGUGUGGAUAACAAAGGAUACAUUCCUAUCAUCGGUCGAAUUUUCCGUGGCUUCCCUACACUUUUUUAUCGUUGUGUGAACAUCACCCCGUUGCCUUUUGAAGAACCGGAGAAGAAAGACAAGCUCCUAAUCACUAUUCUUCACAGAAUCUUCAUGAUUGGUAGAACCACGUGGACAUCUGCUGCACAAUGGGAAAAUGCUGGAAUGAUGACGAUUUCGUUAGCAAAGGAUCGUAAACGAAAGGAAGGACAAUUGGAGAGACUAGAGGACAAGUCGUUGAUUGAUCCGUUCUCAUUGAUUUUGUUCUGUCUGCAUGAACUUCUCAAAGACUACCGUAAACCAACAAAAUCAGUGGAAGUGUUUGUGAAAAUGUUGCAACGCCUUCUCGCCAACAACAACAACAACAGAAUGCUCACUAACUACCGGUUUGGUACAUCAUUCAGUAAUAAUGAAGAGAACGUCUUACCGACGCCAAUAAUCAUGCAGCUGAUGUUUGAAUUGCUGGUAGAGUACGACGGACAAUCCAUCGAAGUUUGUGAAAGUGCCAGAGAGGUUCUCAAAUCGAUAGCAGGGCGUAUGGAUAAUGAUAAAGCAGUUUUCGACAGAGAUGUCUGCUUCUUUCUAAUAUCGGAAAACUUCAACCAAGCACCUUGGUGGGUGAAGUAUUCUCUGUUCACGUGGUUCUCGAACGCUCUCGGAAAGCCUCGCAGACAAGUACCAUCCGGAAUAUACAAAACUAUCCCGGAACAUCAUCUCGACGAAUUCGAGCAAAUAAAGUCGGAAGAGUCGUGUGCUGUUCCAGAAUGCUUCAUGCGUUCCAUUUUCGAGCUGGGACUUUUUGAUGUCGAUCUCGCAGUCGAUUUGGUUAAGCAUGGUUACGGUGUAAAAUUCGAGGGUUCUGUGGUUGAGAAAAUGGCUCUUGCUCUGGUCGAUAGCUAUGGAAAAAAGAUGUCGAAGAGGAACGGAGGUCUUGAAAUGGGCACGCUGAUCACUGCAAUACUGAACACAUUCGAUCCUAUCCGAGAGCUCGCACCACUCAACAGUUAUUGCACCAGCUAUUUGAAGAGUCUCAAAAAAGUGGAACAUCUUCUCAUUCUUUUCAUGGCUGCAAGAAUUGCAAGGGAGAAGCAACUGUGUGCGGCCAGAAUCAGAAAGGAUGAUGUCAACGUUCUCAAUAAAGACGAGCUGCUAUCAUUGAAUGCAGUCUCAGAACAGAUAAUGGACAUAUUUUGCGAAACCACGAAGGCUCAUAUCGAAAAAGAGGUCAGCGAAGUGGAGAAGAUUCGUCGUGACGCAGAAUCUUUCAUUUUCUCACCAGGAUUCACACCGGAACAGUGUAAGGCAUUGGUUGAAAGAGAAGAAAGGGAACAAUCGUUGAUACUUCAACUGACAAUGAUCUAUCUUAAAUGCGGUCACUUCUGCCGUCUCUACCAACAAGUUCCAAUGAAGCUGCAACAACUCAUGAACUCCACUCUCGAAAAGCAGUUCGAUUCACAGAAACUGUUGGCCAAAAGAGUGAUGGACGACGUUUUGACGGAUCAAAGAAAGACUGAAGUCGUUUAUGCAUUCGUAGAGCAAAAAGAUGUCGUAGUAGAGAGGAAGUCUCCAGAAAAAGAGAGUGUUCAACCAGUGAAACCAUCCGAAUUGUACAAGCAACAAACUCAGCCGAUCGAAAAUGUUUCAGCUGAAAAUGCAAUGUUUUUUAUAAAUAACGGAGAGUAUCGGCACGCGAGAGGAGGCUAUACCAGCAACCGUGGAAAUAAUCGCAGACCGAAUUUCGAGAACGAUAGACCGUCGUCUUCUCGUGUAAACAGUAGAAGUGACCGAAGAGACUCGUUUCGUGGAAACAUAUGGCCACCUGUCGAUGACGUGCAAACUUUCGUUCCCAGAGAUCGGGAUUUUGUCCACAAACACAGUAAAAUUCAAUCAACCAACGAUUUUGAUCGGGGAUUCCCUCGGAAUGAUCAAUCGAGGCAUCAGUAUGAUCCGGAAAAACUCUACUUAGACGAUAGAAGAACUCCGUACAGUUCACACGGUGCAAAAACUUCUGAUUAUGAUGAUACCGAAAACGACAGUUUUGCAGAAUGCUCCAGCAAACCAUUCAAUCGGUGCGAAAUUACAACUACCGCGAACAGCAGAACCAAUACACUUCAAGACCCGGCACUUCCAACCCAACGUCGUCAAAGGGUCCGGAGGGGAAACCACAGCAACCGAAGAAAGGGUUCGGCAGUGAGUACAACAACCGGUUCAACGGAAACUCAAGAAAGCAGAACGAGAGGAAACCCCGUUACGUCUCCUCGAGUAAGUUUUUCUUCCUUGUUGUGGGGAAAAAUUAACACAAUUUCAGACUAUCACGACCAAGAGGACGAAAUAACGAAUCGCAUGAAGCCUGGGCAACCGGAAAGAGAAGAGCUUGCUCAUGCACUGGGCUUGAAUAACCGUGAUCCCGAUCCUCCACAACGACGCGGUGGAUUUGGAUUCCGUUAA